AGCGUCCACAAAUACAGGGCUUAUUUUUAAAAUAUUCGUCAAAACAAAAACAGCUUAGUUUACAGCUGCUCCGGAAAAUACCACAAAUAAACAAACAUUUUAGAUUGUUGAUGUGGUAAUUCUUAAACCUCAAAAUUCGAGCAAUAUCGGAGCUAUUAUUAAACCAAAAAUAACUUAACAAACUUCCCGCCAAAUAAGCGGCGUCUGAAUUUUUAAUUGAUGAAAUUGCGAAAUGCCAAUUGCUGUUUUUAACUGCGUACGCGAGGUGAGCAGUGAGGAUGGGGUUCACGUGGCGGACAAUCUGCUGAAGGAGAAUGCCGGCAAAAAGUGGCGAACCAAAUCGCCGGGUGAAAAGUCGGCUUAUGUGAUCCUAGAGUUUCAGGAGCCGCAGCAAAUUACGGGCAUCGAUAUUGGCAACGAACAUGCUGCCUUCAUAGAGGUGCUGGUCAGUCGCACAGGCUGCCAGACGGACGAUUUCCGGGAGCUGCUGUUGUCCAGUUCGUUUAUGACCCCGAUUGAGAGCAAGAACUCGAGUAACCAAAACCGGGUUCGCUGUUUCAGUGGUCCUGCCUUGGCGGAAAGUGUCCUGCCAGAGAAGUGGAAACUGCUGAAGAUAGUCUGCACGCAACCUUUCAAUCGACACGUCCAAUACGGGCUAUCCUUUGUCAAGGUCCAUGUGGUUGGAGCUCCGGCCAAUGUGGCUGCUCCUCCGAAGGUCAAGUCCCUGCUGCCCAACGGAAUGAUGCAGUUUGGGGCCUUUAAGCUGCGCGAGGAAUCUCCGGACUCCGAAACCGACAAUCAGGUCAACAGAUUUCAGCGCUGGAAGAAGGAGACGGCACAACAUCAAUCUUCCACUGCCGUCUCCACAGCAGCAGCCAUUCGAGAUGCAAACGCUAAUGCCUUGAGAAGACUAAGCACUGGCAAGGCUUCAAGUCUGGCUGCAUCGCCCUCUGCGUCGCCCAAACCCACGCCCUUACCAUCACCUGUUCCCAAUGCCCUACGAUCAGAGUCUCCUUCUCCUUCAGAUGCCAAACCACUGGAUCGUAAUCGAGCUUCCCUCUUGUUUGGUGAUGAUGACGAGGACGAGGAUGUCGUCGAGGGGGAUGCCAAGAAGCAACGGUUGAGCAAACAUCUGGAGGCGGACAAGGAGCGGCGCCGAUUGGAGCAGGAGAAGGAGAGGGAGCGCAAGAAGAACAAGUCCAGCAGGCAUUCGCUGGAUAAGUCCUCAAGCAAAGAAGAUAAAUCCUCCUCUAAAGAAGAUAAAUCCUUGUCUAAAGAAGAGAAAUCAUUCUCAAAGGAACACAAGUCCUCUAAAGAUAAAUCAAACCCAAAAGAGGAAAAAUUAUCAGUAAAAGAAAACAAUCUAUUAAAAAAAGAGGAAAGAUCCCAUUCAAAAGAGGAUAAAUCAAGCAGGAAAGAGGACAAAACAGCUUUUAAGCAAGAAAGCAAGUCCGGGGACUCCUCGCAGGCUAGGGAUAGUCCUCGUUCGUCUGCACAAAAGCGUCAUUCAUCGCCUACUGCAGGCGCUGCCACGCCCGCCAAAAAGCAAAAGGUUAAGGACGCACCCAUUCAAUAUCGUCCCUUUAAUCAGCUGCUUAAAGGAGUGUUCCUGGUCAUCAGUGGCAUACAGAACCCUGAUCGUGCAGACUUGCGUUCGAAAGCCACAGCUUUGGGUGCCAAGUAUAAGGCAGAUUGGGAGCCAGGAUGUACUCAUCUUAUUUGCGCCUUCAAAAACACCCCCAAGUACAAUCAAGUGAAGGGCAAGGGAAAGAUUGUGACCCGUAGUUGGAUCGAGAAAUGCUAUGAACUGAAGAAGUACCUCCCCUGGAGACGAUACGCCCUAAAUACCGCAGAUCUUGGCCAGCCGGAGAGCGAUGAGGAGCUGUGCGAUGAGGCGUUUAAGCCGAGUUCACGACGCGAGUCCAACGAGAGCGAUGUGGAAAUCCUAGAGGCCGUUCAGGUAAAGAAAACCUAUGAUGCGGCUCAAAAUGAUCACAAAAAAGUGGAUGUGAAUCCAGAGGCUUCAUCGGGUAUCGAUACGGAAGACGAAUUGGAGCGGGUUAAUCAAGAGAACAACAACAAAAAGAUCAAACACAAGACUCCAGUGAAGGAAAAGUCGCGAGACGUCUACGAUGUCAGCACAGAUGAAGAGGAUUAUCUGGUGCUAAAAAAGAGGCAGUUAGCUACUGUUGAUUGAGUGCCAUUUAUAAUCUCAUAAAUUGAAUGAAUAUUUUGUUGAUAUUUCUAUAAAAGUUCUAUGUAAUAUUGAAUUUUUGGAAGAACUACUUAAAACAUUUUUCUUAUUUCGAAUCAGCAGACGAUUUCAAAAUGUGUUGUUUUAUUACACUUAAGUAAUUGAAGAAUUUUUUUGUCGGCUUGCACUAUAUUAAAAACAAAAA